UGUUCGCUCGGCCUGAAAACAAAUCGCCUACAAAAGAUUAGUCCCAAUUGGAAUUAAAAUCCCACAGCGUUUGACAACAAUUACAAAAAAUCACCUAUCACAAUUGGAGUCUAUGAUAAGCACUUCGGUUGGAAUUUCAAAACAAUUUAAAAAAAUCGGUAAAAAGUUUUGGGUUCGUGUGCGCUCUGCUAGGUGUUUCGCCGACCAAUCAAAAAUGACCCUGAAGGAGUGGGGAUAUCGAUUGUUUCCGGGUCUGAAGUGGCUUCACGGCUAUACCGGGCAAGAUGCGUUGGCCGAUAUGAUAGCCGGAGUGACGGUUGGACUGACGGUACUGCCGCAGGGACUGGCCUAUGCCACACUGGCGGGACUGGAGCCUCAGUACGGCCUGUACUCGGCUUUUGUGGGCGGGAUUGUCUACGCUCUGCUUGGCAGCUGUCGACAGGUGACCAUUGGGCCGACGGCUUUGCUCGCUUUAAUGACCAGCCGGCACACUGGAUUCGGACUGGGCUCGGGACCAGCCUACGCCAUCCUUUUGUGCCUCAUCUCCGGUGUAGUGGAGCUGGGCAUGGCUGUGCUGAAGCUGGGCGCACUGGUGGACCUCAUUUCACUGCCGGUGACAGUGGGUUUCACUUCGGCGACGGCUGUCAUAAUUGGCACAUCCCAGCUCAAGGGUCUUUUGGGAUUACGUGGAGGAUCUGGAUCGGAUUUCAUCAAUACCAUGCGCUCCGUAUUGGGGAACCUGAGCCAGGUGCGACGCGGAGAUUUUACCCUGGGACUGGUUUCCAUUUCGGUUCUACUGCUGUUGCGGAAACUGAAAGACGUGAAGUUUGUUGGACGACUGCGGAGCUUGAGGGCCCAGCAACUGAUUAGCGGCACCAUUUGGGUGAUAGCCACUGGUCGAAAUGCUCUUGUGGUUCUCGUCACCAGUGUGCUGGCCUACAGCACAUGCGAGCAGAUGGACUCCUGUCCGUACAUCCUCACGGGAAAGGUGAAGAGCGGGCUGCCUAACAUCACGCUGCCCAAGUUUGAGACCACCAUUCUGGACAAGAAUGGCACAGAGCUUACGCAAAACUUUGAGCAAAUGGUCUCGGAGCUGGGACCCUCGAUGCUGAUCUUGCCCAUAAUUGCUGUGCUCGGCAACGUGGCCAUCUCCAAAGCCUUUGGCGGGGCUGGGCUGAGUCCCACCCGGGAGCUGGUUGCCCUCUCGAUGAGCAACAUUUGCGGUGCUUUUUGCAGCUCCAUGCCGGUCACAGGCUCCUUCUCGCGCAGCGCUGUCAAUCAUGCCAGUGGCGUGCGUACACCCCUUGGGGGCUGCUACACAAGCGUGCUGGUUCUUCUGGCUCUGGGACUGCUGGCACCGUACUUCCAGUACAUACCGAAGGCCGCCCUCAGUGCGGUCAUCAUCUCGGCUGUGAUAUUUAUGAUCGAGUUUGAGGUCAUCCGACCACUGUGGCGUUGCAGUCGUCGAGAGUUGCUGCCAGGUGCCAUUACCUUUGUGAUGAGCCUGGCUGUGGGCGUGGAGAUUGGUCUGUUGCUGGGCGUUGGUGCGGAUGUUGCCUUUCUGGUCUACCGCGCAGCACGACCUGUUCUGAGUGUGUCCAAGCUGCAAACCAUCAAUGGCAUCAACUACAUACUGAUUCGUCCCAAGCACAGUUCGCUCUACUUUCCUGCCAUCGAGUGGGUUCGCUCUGGCAUCUCUAAGGCCUUGACGACGCAUGGAACAGCGCCGGUGAUCCUGGACUGCACUCAUGUGCACGAUUUGGAUUUCACAGCCGCACGUGGCAUGGGCUCGCUGCACAAGGAGCUUGCUAAGGCGAACGUUCCCUUCUUCUUGAUGAGCGCGCACAAAGAUAUCGGCGUCAUAUUGAAGGAGUCAACCAGCAUUGAUUUCCCCACGAUAGACGGUGCGGAUGACUUGGAAUGCAUUCUGGAACAAACGCCCGACUACGAGCUGCACUUGCAUAUUGCAGCUCCUCUCGUCGACUCUCGAAUUAGCCAUGGAAUAAGCGAUGCCAGUGAAGCGUGCAGCCCAACCGAGCUAAGUAGGCUCAAUGGAAAAUCGACUUGAAAAGCUCACAUGAAGCUCAUUUGAAUGUACUUAAGUAUACGUUUCACACAAUGCAGCACAAGUAGUUGUAAGGGUCACUUUAAAAUCUUCAGACGCCUGGCAAACAAUAUUUGUUUUCCC